UAGAAUCAAGGAAGGCUUAUUCCUACGAAAGUAGAGAUGCAAAGGAAACGUCCUGUACAUAGGCAAGUACUGCGAGUAACGAGUAACGAGUGAAACGCUACGUGAUAUAGCACAUAAUAAUCAACCUAACAGGUGCUGUAGGUAGCUAUCGUGAUACCCAUCGAACCACAUUACAGCCGGAAGCUCAAAGAUGAAAUGGGGAAAUGGGGAAACGCCGCGUGUUAUCCCAUACGAGGAACAGGCAGCGAGCGGCACAUGCUGUCACCCAGAUGCAGCACAUCCGCCUUCAUAACGACUAUGCUUCUCACCGCCCAACGCUUCUCGAACUCCUCCCCCACCUCCGGUGCCCCUGUCUCUCGCGUCGGGCUCCCGCAGGCGUGCGGCGUACAGGUGACCCGAUCCCGUCAGCCCCGGCUCGCGCGCCUCGAAGGAAUACGAACAGUAGGGGAAACAAACAAACACUCAAGUCUGGUCCUUUAGAGCGGCAGUGGCGGUCACACACGGGGAGUUCAAAGGGGGGUCGAUGCGUUGGAACGAGCAGCGUUCCAUCGGAGCCAUUCGGCCAAGGGAAGGAAAAAAGCCACGGAACUCGGGCAAGCGGGAAGGAUGCGAACCCGGCCGUAGCGGUGUUAGCAAACAACGGACAACCUCCGACGGAGGCCAAGAAGCCAAGCGGGCUAGGCCUCCUUCUUCCCCUUGCUGUUUUUUUUUUUCUUUUCCUUGGCCUCGUCGGAGUCGGCUUCCCGUCGACGUCUCGCGCGCGCGCGUGCGAGAGCAAAAAUGAAGUUGCCUACGACCGGGAAACCGGGAAGCGUGAGUAAAGGUGGAGGGGACCCAUGUCCCCCCGUUCACGAGCCUCGAGGCCCGUCACGAGAGCGAUGGUCCGAUGGAAGAGAAAAACCGGAGCUCUGCCAAGCCCUCGGGUUCGCGAUGGAGCCAGAAACACGCGCCGGUCUUCUCUCCGCGUGUGUGUGU